UUGCACGAUUCGGUCUUGAUUGUCCGAUUAAAAACGCGACUUCGAUACAGUUUGCUCCAGCCGCGUUUUCAAUUACGAGUGAUGGCUGCCUCAAGUGCACGACUUUUCUCGCGAGUUAAAGAUGGCUUCACCACGAGCAUUCGCUUCGCCAGCUACGAAUCGACGCGGAAGAACCUGAAGCUCAACUCGAAUUCGAAAGUGAUAUGCCAGGGAUUCACAGGCAAGCAGGGCACUUUCCACUCGCAGCAGGCCAUCGAAUAUGGCACGAAGCUCGUCGGAGGAGUGUCCCCUGGCAAGGGUGGCCGGACGCAUCUUGACCAGCCCGUGUUCAACACGGUCGCUGAGGCGAAGAAGGCCACCGGUGCGGAAGCCAGCGUCAUCUACGUGCCACCACCUGGUGCCGCAAAGGCCAUAAUGGAAGCGAUCGAAGCUGAGAUGCCGCUAAUCGUGUGCAUUACGGAAGGUGUUCCGCAGCACGACAUGGUUAAGGUGAAACAUGCCCUGCUCGCGCAGGACAAGUCCCGGCUGGUUGGACCCAACUGUCCUGGAAUUAUUGCUCCCGAGCAAUGCAAGAUCGGUAUUAUGCCCGGUCAUAUCCACAAGCGUGGUAAGAUCGGAGUUGUCUCCCGCUCGGGUACACUGACCUACGAAGCUGUCCACCAGACGACCGAAGUCGGCCUCGGCCAAACACUGUGCGUCGGCAUUGGCGGCGAUCCGUUCAACGGCACCGAUUUCAUCGACUGUCUCGAGGUGUUCCUUAAGGAUCCGGAAACCAAGGGUAUUAUCCUUAUCGGUGAGAUCGGAGGUGUAGCCGAAGAGAAUGCUGCCGAUUUCCUAAUGCAAUACAACCAGGGAAUUAAAGCGAAACCGGUUGUGUCCUUCAUUGCUGGUUUGUCGGCCCCUCCUGGUCGUCGUAUGGGUCACGCUGGUGCCAUCAUCUCUGGAGGAAAGGGCGGUGCUCAGGAUAAGAUCAAUGCGCUGGAGAAGGCCGGCGUCAUCGUCACGAGAAGCCCAGCCCAGAUGGGCAAGGAACUGCUCAAAGAAAUGAAGAGAUUGGAGCUGGUCUAAAACUCCUUCCGCAAACGCUUGUAAGCCAUCCAAUGAUACUAUUCAAAAUGACGCGGACACAUUCAAUGAAAGAUAAACCAUGGCCGUGCUCAUAAAAAAAAGCAAGCGCAAAUUGGGCAAAUAGAUAGUCAUCUUGGAAAACAUCGUUAUAUCUCAUCGUCGUCGUCGUCCCUGCCAGCGAUGUGUUUCGUUAACGGCGGUCAGAAUGUUAUCAUCAACCGAAAAUGGAUAAUACAAAUGCGGGGUCCCACGCGUUUGCAGCGCGUUUCGGUAAAACAAAAAACAAGUUUAACGCAUUAAUAAUUUAUUUACGUAUCCAAACCACUCGACUCGCCGUUUUUUUUUUGUUUUGUAUCGCUCUGAUUCUUCCGUCUUAACAUUCAUAAUUUGGAUAAGCCCAUUUUCUGGGACUCAAUCCAACAGCUAAAUAGCAAAACAAACGUAUAAAUACACCAUGCACCAAGUACUUCACGCUUUUCGUGUCACCGGAAAAUGCACCACCUUCGCACACACACACACACCAACACGUGAUCAUCGAUGAUCUUCUAAAUGUUGUUAGUAGUUAUUCCUGAUGCACUGUAAUGCUAUACGUGUUGUUUUAACAACAAAAAUGCACCGAUUAGUUUGAAAAAAAAAGACACGUAUGGAACGACGCCACCAAACAAGACUAAAUGUGCAAUAUAGCGAAGAACUACAAUACAGGUGAUAUGAAAUAAAUGAAUAAUGCGUCGCCUUAACCAGUUAUCAAAUCAAG